AUGACUAUAAAUGUAAAUUCUUCAUCAAAAUCUAAUCUUCAAUCUCAUUAUGGACCAUCAACAAGUGAAUUAAUACUUGUAUUAUGGGUUUUUACUUUAUUUUGUGAAGAAAUUCGACAAAUAAGAGCGAAUAAAGUUCACUCACUAUAUAAGAAGAUCAAAGUAUAUCUUUCUAUAUUUUGGAAUAAAUUAGAUGCAUUAGCUAUAAUUCUAUUUAUUCUUGGUUGUAUUCUUCGUUUUUUACCAAUAAAUCAAUGUUUUUGUUUUGCACGGAUAGUAUUAGCUAUUGAUUUAUGUAUUUGGUAUAUUCGAACACUUGAUAUAUUUUCAGCUAUAAAAAGACUUGGUCCUAAACUUGUUAUGAUUGGAGAAAUGAUUCAUGAUCUUAAAUUUUUUAUGUUAAUGCUUAUUGUAUUUAUAUUAGCAUUUGGUGUACCAGCUUAUAGUUUAUUAGAUGGUAUUGAGAAACAUUCUUGGCAUAUGCCACGUUAUAUAAUCAAUUUUGCUUAUUGGCAAAUAUUUGGUGAAUUACAAGAAAUUGAUCAAAUUGAAAAAAAUUAUGAAUUAAGUGGUUAUGUUAUGUUUUUCUUAUUAGUUGCAUAUAUGACUGUUGCAAAUAUUCUUUUAAUUAAUCUUCUUAUAGCAAUGUUUAGUAAUACAUUUGAUCGUUUACAUUCGGAUACAAAUUGUAUAUGGAAAUUUCAACAAUAUUCAUUAGUAUGUUAUGAAUUAAAACGUCCAUUAUUACCACCACCAUUGAUCAUCAUAUCACAUAUUUGGCGUAUAAUAAUUUAUAUGUUUUCACAUAUUAUUAAAAUAAAAUGGUUUUAUAUGAAAUAUAUUGAAGAAAAAAAUCAAGCUAAAAAAAUAAAGAUCAAUAAAAUAUUAACAAAACAAAUUGAAGAAAUUGAAGAUGCAUUCGGACAUGAAAUUUAUUUUUUUUCUUUAAAAAAUAAUCAAGAACAAAUUGAUUCUAAUGAAGAACGAAUAUAUUCACCACAAGAAAUUUCAUCAAAUAAAAUAAAAACACUUGAAAAUCAAAUUCAAAUAAUACAAAAUCAACAAAGUAAUAUGUUUCAAUAUUUGGAACGUUUAAUGAAUGGAAUUAAAAAAAUUGGUGGGAGGUUAGUUAACACUAGUCAAAUGUAUGAAUUGUUGUUUGAAGAUGAAAGUGAUGAAUCUAUGACUGGUGAUGAAUUAUAUGAACGUCAUCAGAUUUCAUCUGAAGCUCAAACAGAUGAACAAACUUUGAAUAUAUUUUUACCUCCAGUUGAACCUCAACCAAGUGAACAAAUUGAUCGAAUUCAGCAAGAAAUUAAUUGUUAUAUGUCGAACGAUCAAUGUUUAACAAUUGAUCCACAAUCAAAUAAUUAUGAAUAUGAUAUAGAUAUUAAUUCAUCUGAAGAAUCUAAUCAUUAUCAUCAAGAAUUGGAAAUGAAUUAUCAUGCUCAAACGAAUAAUUUUGAUGUUAUUUCUAGUGCUUUUAAUAAAACAAAAAGAAAACGAACCAAAUCUGAAUCUGCACGAAAGAGAAGAAGUUAA